UUUGUUUUUCUUUUUUUAAACUCCUGUCAAGCACACUGGUCGACAGUUUGUGACGUCAAGGAAACUAUCAGGCAUGCGGUAUAGGAGGUCUAAUUUUAAACCACCUCACCAGUUUUAGUUCAGCAUAUUUUCGCCACAUCUGCUCUUGUGUGAACAGUUUUCAGACAGAGCGUACGAGUAUGGAGGUCAUCUUCAAAGAGGGGAUGCUGUAUCUUCAGGGGGCCAAGUUUGGAAAAAGAACCUGGCGGAAAAUCUGGAUGGUGCUUUUCAAACCCAGUUCCACAGGCGUGGGUCGACUGGAAUUCUGUUCAGCUUCUGAUGGCAACGCUUUCAGCGACCAGCUGAAGGCCAGUCGGCAGAAAACAUCAGAGAGAAAGGUGGUGCGUUUAACUGACUGUCUCAGUGUGACCCCUGCUCUCAAGGAGUCGUGCCCUGCCCGCUGCACAGCCUUCUACCUGAACACCACCCAGUCCACCUACACCUUCGCCUCUGUGGAGAGCCAGAGCUGGAUCCAUGCCCUCAGCACACUUGCCUUCCAGAGGGAUCCUGGAGACUCCGAGAAAGGGGAUUUUGAGGGAGGGAAUGGCUUUACCAUGGAGGACAAUGACCUUUACUCAUCUUGGCAAAGAGAGCCAACCCUUCCUCCUGACCAGUACAAAGUGAAGGUCCAGAGCACAGAGGCGGCUAAGAGGUGCAAGCUGUCCGGGGAGUAUAUUGUGUUCACUGACAGUGAGGCUUUGGAGCUCCUCUCUGUGAACACAAGUGAAGUCAUCUACAGCUGGCCUUACAAGCUCCUUCGGAAGUUUGGACAAGUGGAGGGGGGGUUCUGCAUUGAAGCGGGCCGUCGCUGUGAUUCAGGAGAAGGGGUGUUCACCUUCCUGACCCCUUCUGGUCCCCAGAUCUUACAGGCCAUAAUGAGGCUGUGUUCCCUACAGAUGAAAAAGACUGUCCAGCCCUCCAGUGUCCAAAAAAGGUCAUCGCUUGACAUGUCCUCUCAUGCCCUUCCUGCCGCAGCCUCCCACACCGCUGCUCCUGCGAUCUACAGUGUUGUUGGGGUCCGACCUAACAUGGAGGACGAUCAUGCCUGCCAAUACUCUGCGAUUAAUCUCCCCUCUGCUGAGAGUAUGAAGAAUCUCUGCCUUAUCCAGCCUUAUCUCUACAGCAGCAAGGAGGAUGUGGGAGGGGAAGGUGUGGAGGUGGAGGAGGAGGAGGAGGAAGAGGAGGAGGAAGGGGAGGGGGAGGAAGAUGAAGAGGAUGAUCGGUGUCACUCCCUGGAAGCUGUAAAUCAGGAUAGCAACUUGGAGGAUGACAUUUAUUACAACUUGAGGAGAACCUCUCCCUCUUUGAUGAAAAAAACUGCGCUGGAAGAUUUGGAUUGCAAUUACAAUUCGACAGAAGACUUCCCUUCCUCAGAUCCCUUUCAUUUACCCCUGGAGAUUUCUUCCUCUACCCUCGGCAAUGCAGACCCCUUUGCUUCAGCAAUGCAGCAAAGCAUGCAUCUCCCUCCAGCGGAUAACCGCAGCUGUGCAGCAUUCAAUGCACAGGCAGUGGAUGACAUGAAGGACCCAGAGGAGGAAAACCGCUCCACUGUCUCCACGACCCCCACCAAAGCUCCUGGCAGUUUCAAACAGAGGCUGGCAGAAAUCAUUUCUAAGGACCUGGCAAAGUUCCAGCCUCCUCUUCCCUAUGGAGCAGGCAGCCCCAUGUUAAGCCGUCAGCUUACAGACUGACUAAAAAGAGCAGUUUCAUAAAUGAUAAACUGUCACGCAGCAUAAUUAGUUUCUUUACAGCUCUAAAAAUCCCUUCCACUGGGAGCCUGCUGUCAGUCUGCCUUCUUGUGCUUGCAGAUGUGUUUAUUUUUUAUUUUUUGGAAAGCACUUUUUGGGGGAAAUUGCAACAGCAAGAUGUGAAGUAAUAUCUGUUUUAUCCUUUGCAGGUUGGAUAUUAGAGAAGCUUUGUGCAUUUGCACUGUAAUAGAAAGCAGAUGACUUUUACCAGAUACGGUGCCUACAGUAACUCUUACAUAUGUUCACAUUUACAAACAUAGCUUUUAAUUGGAAUUUUAUAUAAUAGGCCAUCACAAAAUAAAGCAAAAUUCAAAGUGGAAAAAAAAUAGCAUUCAUACAGUGACACCCG